AUGGUUGAAUUUGAUUUCAACUUCGAUCAAAUUGAGCUAGAUUACGAAAGCUCAGCUUUAACUGUGGUGAACAAAGAUGAGUUUUAUAAGCAAAAACCCGUGCUAAAAUUCAGAAAUAAGAAUCAAUUCAUUAUUGAUAAGAAAAGGAAAUUAGAAAAAAUUGACGAGGCCGAAUCAAGCAAUGCUGCAAUUAAUCGGAUGAAGUCAAUAAUAAUGACCUCUAAAGGCGAGCUUGUUGGUGCUACUCCUACCGACGAUCAGCCGGAAGGGUUGGAACUGCACACCGACGUGUUCACCAGCAGUGAACAGGACGACAUUGUAGAACGUGUUUUUUUGGAGCAAGAAAUGGGACACACUGGUCGGCUGAGAAGAAGGACAUAUUCUGAGCCGAGAAAAUGGAAACGAGUAGAUUGUAUUCCAAACAGCUGUAUAGUUAAUAUCUAUGAAGCUGGUGACUGCAUUCCUCUACACGUCGAUCAUAAUGAUUUUGCAAGGUCAUUCUGCAUGGGAAACGACGCUAAUGUGCCCAAACACUGCAUCCCUGGAGUGUUGUAUCCCAGGGUUUCAAUAACCCUCAGAAGGAUGAAUGAGGAUAAGGUGCCAUUCCGGUUCAGACCCGAUCUUGAGAUCGAGAACUUGCGGCCUUUUGAGUUGUAA